GUGACGUUGUGUGUCAGAUACCGCCUUCUCCAUUCUGCGGAAAAAGGCAACCCUCUGACAAGCUACUUUGCUGGAAAUUCGGAUAAUGAAAUCUUCCUGAUCCUCUCCUGGAAGAAAUCAAGUCAACUGGUGGAGUUCCACUGCUGUCAAGGCCGAGUUGUCAUGAGAGUUGCAGUGAAUUCCGAACUCUACAGAUGGCACCACGUAUGCUUGGCCUUUGACCUGACGACUCGAAAGUACUGGUUGGCUCAUGAUGACCUGUAUCAAGAAGGUGACCUCCCAGUGACCGGCGCAGAGCCUCUAGAGGUAUAUGGAAGAGGCCGUCUGGUUUUGGGUCAGGAGAUCGACAACCUUCACGGCGGGAUGAGUUACCACCAGUCCAUCCACGGGGACGUCGCAGACUAUCAGCUUUUCGAGACCGUCUUGGAUCCCUCGUACCUGAAGGAGUACGCUCGCUGCGGCUCCCCGUCGACCGACGCCCAACCGCUUUUGUUCUUCGACGAAGCCAUGACCGUGUUCAGCGUGGAAGGGUCCGCAAAUGUGUCGCAGGUUCUUCUGCGGGACUUGUGCCACGUGGAAGAAUCGAAUAAAUUGUUCAUGUUGCCGGAGAAGCUUGAUUUCCAGUCCUCGCGUGAGGCCUGCGCGAUGAUGAAGGGCUCGAUGGCUCUGCCCACCAGCAGCGAGAUGAACAAAGAGAUCUUCGACGAGAUCGUCCGCUUCAACGACGUCUGCGUGGAGGCCUACGGCACGAUCUACUGGCUGGGCUUCAAGGGCGUCGCCAGCAGCGGCCAGUGGCUCACCCUCGAGGGGAACACCACGCUCUCCUGGGACAACCUGGCCAAUGGCUACGACACGCCCGAGGAGGACCAGUUGUGCGCCAGCGUGGGCGGCGCUGACUUUCCUCUCAUAUGGUACUCGACGCCCUGCCAGUACGCAAUCUGCCCGCUGUGCAACUUCACCGCCACGCCCGCCUUCAGGGUGCGCGGGCUCUGCAAGGAUUCCCAAAUGGACCGGUCCCUGUUCCUCUUGGGCUACAAGAACAACAAGCCCCACUUUCAGGGGCCGUUGUAUGUCAGCGUCUUUUGGGAGGAGGAGAACGCCACGUGGGCGGUCACGCAUCGAGCGGAGGAGAGUCUGACGGCGUACAUGGAGGCGGACGCAGCAAACGCGUAUCCGAUUGGAUUACGUACCUGGACUUUCACAGGCGACAGCUGCGGUGUCAGCCAGACCAGCCUCCUGAUCACGGCCUGCGGGGCCAGCGAGUACACGUGCAGCGACGGCGGCUGCAUCCCGAAGGCGAAGCGGUGCGACUUGGCCGUCGACUGCUCCGACCAGAGCGACGAGCUCAACUGCGACCUGGCGCUCGUCCCCCCCGGCUACUCCGUCGAGAUGCCUCCGCCCAGGGCCCAGGACGCCCCCGUGCCCGUCAGGCUCGCCGUCGAAAUCACGUCCGUGCGGAGCAUCGACAUCCUCGGCUUCAAGAUGGUGAUCGACGUCAUCCUGAAGCUGUUCUGGAGGGACUCGAGGCUCAAGAUGAAGAACCUGAGGCACGAUUCCACGUCCAACAAAGUCCAGGACCCGAAGAAGCUGUGGCUGCCGAAGCUGCGGGUGGAGGACGGGUCGAGGAGCCUGGCGGACAUCUUUCCCCGCUCGGAGUCCCUGGUGGUGCUCAGGGAGGCAGACGCCAUCCCCGACGACGACACCAACCUGUAUGAGGACGACGAGUACCUGGGCUCGGCGAACACCCUGGUGCUGAACCUCGUGAACACCAUAGACUUCACGUGCCAGUUCCAGCUCCGCCAGUACCCGUUUGAUACCCAGAGAUGCUCCCUCACGUUCUCCCUUCAAGAUGUCUCCUCGGUCGCCGCCCAGCUCCUUAAGGCUCGUCUUCGGGCGCCGACGCUCGCAGGAAUCUCCGAAGGCGCCAGUGCUUCCCUCUGA